GCGAGCAGUUGGCCUCAGUCUCCGACCGCGCGGACCCUGCGCUCCUCCACCCACCCUGCCCCGCCGGCCUCGCCCAUGUCUCAGUGCGACCCCAGCUCGGACUUCAAGAGGGCUCUGGACAGCAGUCCGGAGGCCAACACCGAGGAUGACAAGACCGAGGAGGACGUGCCCAUGCCCAAGAACUACUUGUGGCUCGCCAUCGUCUCGUGUUUUUGCCCCGCGUACCCCAUCAACAUCGUGGCUUUCGUCUUCUCCAUCAUG